UAGAACUCCUAUAGAAAGGCCCUGAAAACAAGCCUCGGAUACCAACGAGACACGUGAUCUUCGUUUCGUAGAGCGUUACAAAGCCACCCGUAGGAAGAGCGCUUAUUCGAUCAGCGGUGAACUGAAAUGGAGCCUGUUGCUAGGAAGAUCUUCAGGGGAGUUUUACUGCUGGAAGUAGUUGGUGUGGUCGGUGCUUAUGGCCUCUUUCAUAAAAUGAACGGGAGUCAAGAUUUUAGGUGUACCAUGAAAAGAAGAUUUCCAUCUAUUUUAGAAGUAUACUAUAAAUCCAAUGAAUGGGCAGGAAUUUAUGGCAUCCGUGAACAAGAUGCAGAAACAUGGGCUGCAAAAGGAAACUGAUUCAAUCGUGAACACAAGAUUAAAUGGAACAAAGUUAUAUAUGUAUAUGGGUCGAAUAAUCGUCUGUGAAUAAAUUGGCUGGUAUCUAGCCUCUGUACAAUAAAGUUUUUUUGCCUUGUAAUUCAA